UCUCACAAUCACCAGUCUUCUCCCUCUCUUCGUCACCUCGAAUCUUGUGCACGUGCAGCUCCAGCAAAAAAAUGCCAGAAAUUCAGUUGGGUGUACACACUAUCAGAUCACAUGGAGCUAGAGUGGCCAGGAUACAUAUGCAUGACUGGUUGAUUCUUUUGCUUCUUGUGGUCAUUGACGCUGUCUUGAAUAUAAUAGAUCCAUUUCACCGUUUUGUUGGAGAGGGGAUGAUGGCAGACCUUAGAUACCCAUUGAAAGAUAACACUAUUCCUUUUUGGGCUGUUCCAAUAAUAGCAAUAUUGUUGCCACUGGUUGUCAUUCUCGUUUACUAUUUCAUUCGAAAGGAUGUUUAUGACUUCCACCAUGCUAUAUUGGGUCUUCUAUUUUCUGUACUCAUUACUGCGGUGAUAACGGAUGCUAUCAAAGAUGGUGUUGGACGGCCACGGCCAGAUUUCUUCUGGCGUUGUUUCCCUGAUGGAAAAGGGGUGUUUGAUCCAAUAACAAGUGAUGUUAGGUGUACUGGAGAUAAGAGUGUUAUAAAGGAAGGGCACAAAAGUUUCCCGAGUGGACAUACCUCUUGGUCCUUUGCAGGUCUUGUUUACCUUGCUUGGUAUCUAUCUGGAAAAGUUAGGGUAUUUGACCGUAGGGGCCACGUUGCAAAGCUCUGUCUUGUUUUCUUACCAAUUCUCAUGGCAGCUAUGGUUGCUGUCUCUCGUGUUGAUGAUUAUUGGCAUCAUUGGCAAGAUGUGUUUGCAGGAGGUCUUAUAGGGACGACAGUUGCUUCCUUUUGUUACUUACAAUUCUUUCCACCUCCAUACGACAUAGAUGGUUGGGGACCUCAUGCAUAUUUCCAGAUGUUGGCUGAAUCUCGAAAUGGUGCUCUGCCCCCAUCCGUCAACAACGAGACUCAUCGUGCUCUAUCUGCUGAGCUUCAGGCUGUAUCUUUGUACAUCCCACCUCAACAUGAUGGAGAUACACGAGGCAAUAGCUGGGAUUCAAGUCCCAUGUUAGGUGGAUCACAAAAUGUAAGGACACACUGACUGCAGUAAAGACACAGGAAUGAUAUCUCGAGAUGUCCAUAGUCUGUAAAAAUGAUAGGCAUUUGUGAGUUUCAGUAGCAGAUAAUCGACACUUCAACAUCGUUGGCUGUUAAAAAUGCGGACGUCUACUGCUUUGGUUCUGAGAUUAUUGUUGGAUUGGAAUAUCUUUUUACUUGUCUUUAUGUUUCGGCACUUUUUUUACGUCCAUUUGCCAUUAUAAAAU